UAAACGUGCGAAUACCAUAGAGAUAAUUUGGCCUGAGUUCAGUCAGUCUUCAAUGAACAAUUGUUCUCUUAAUUAGUCAAGACUUUUUCUUCAUUUAGAAGAAAUCAUUUCUUGCUUUUUAACGUGUCGUGUAUGAAGUGAAAAAGUAAUUUGUUUCUGAAAAAUCCACUCUACUACAACAGACAAAUAUGGCUACGUCAGAGAGAUACAGUAAAGAAGAAAAUUAUUCUUCUACAUUAAAUGCCUUUAAAUAUAAUUUUACCUGGACAAUCAAUGACUUCGAGUUUGUAUGUAAAAACGUAAAAGUAAUUAGAUCUAAAGAAUUUUCAACAAACAAUUUCUCAGAUUGCAAGUGGUUAAUUACGAUGGAACCUACAGAGUUAAUAAGGGACAACAAGGAUGUCUUUAAAAUUAAUUUUCAUUACCAUGCAGACUUAAUGGACGAAAAAUUAUUAAAUGUUCAAAUUUCAUUUAAAAGGCAAGUUGAUUUGCACUCAUUCGAGAUUUUUAAAACAUUUGAAAAUGAAAAUGGAGAACGAGGUGAAAAUAUAAUUUCUUGGAAAAUAAGUGGAUCAGAUUUGUAUGAGGACUGUGUCUACAGUACACCAGAAGAAGAUGAACUUUCUAUAUUACUUGACCGUCUUGAACCUACAGUUCCAUAUUGUAUUAACGUUAUAUGCAACAUUGAUGUGGUUUUUCCUGAUGAGACUAUAUUUCAAAAACCGCUUAUUGAUAUUGGAAAUUGUAUUGGACUAAUAGAAAGUAAUAAAAAUUUUCUCGACAAUGAAGAAUUCAAAGAUGUUACGUUUAAUGUUGAGGAUCAAAAAUUUACUGCUCACAAAAUUAUUCUCGCAAGUCGAAGUCCUGUGUUUGCUGCAAUGUUCAAGAACAAAAUGACUGAGGGACUAACAUCCGUUGUUGAAAUUGAUGACACAAAACCAGCAAUCUUUCAACAAAUGUUAAAUUUCAUCUACACUGAUCGAGUGGAGAAUCUAGAAGAAUCAGCAUUCGAAUUAUUAUACGUUGCGGAAAAAUAUCAACUGGAGAAACUUAAAAUUUUAAGCAUCAACAGUCUUAAUGAUAAACUAUCUAUUAACACAGUUAUUAAGACUCUGGAGGUUGCCGAAUUGUAUUCAAUUGAGAACCUAAAAAAUGAAUGUCUGAAAUUUAUCAACGAUAAUAGGUAUGAAAUUAUCGAGACAAAGGAGUUUCAGAAAUUAUUAUUAGAUCGUCCAAAUUUAUCGAUUGACAUUUUAAAAAUAAAUGAAACAAGAGGGAGCGAAUGUUGUAAAUCUUAUGAAUUAAGAUAAAUCUAUUGUAAAAUAACUUUCCUUAAAUUCCUUACAAAAAUGUUUACUGUAAAAAGCAAAGAAUUGAAAGAAAUUGAAAAUUUUUAAUUCUCAUGAAUCUCUAAAUCUUCAUAAAUGCAUAUUAACUUAUUUACAUAUCUUUUUUCUAUGUGUAAAAUGCGGUAAAAUGUCUUGCUUCUUAAGUUCCCUGUCUUCGGAACCCACAUCACAAAUAAUUUAAAUUAACUGAUUCAUUAUCAUUCUUAUGUUAUACAUUACGAAAUUGGAUUUAAAUUAUGCUUAAAUAUCCACAAUAAUAAAUAUAAUAUAGAAAUGUAAUAAAUCAUUUUCAUUUAUUU